AUAGGUUGCUACUGCGACAGUUCCAGCUCUCGUCACCGUCCGACUGUCCAGGAUGCCGCCCUUCAGAGAUGAGCAUAUCUUGAUAAUUGCGCCAGGCUCGCAAGUGACCCUGGCGCAACUGGGUCUCCCAGAGUCAUUCACCCCUGCCCGCUUUCGCUUCCCUACGCGCAUGUUUCCCGCCGAAAAGAAGGGUGAAUACGAACCGUACAAGAUCCGCGAACGACGACAGGAAGUCCCCGUCAGCAAUGGCAAUGGCACUGACGCGCCCAAGGAGGACGUGGAGAUGAAAGAUGCGGAGACGGCACAGCAAGACGGAACCGUGAAGACCGAGAAUGACCCCUCCGAACAGCCCGAAGAUGCACAGAAGACCGAGGGCCAGGAUGCCAAUGGAGAAGAGAAACAGGGAACGACAACCGAGAUCUUCUACGAAGAGGACGUGACCUCCGAUGAGGGCGCUGUCUAUCCAAUUCAGAAUGGUCGCAUUGUCGACUGGCCCUGUUUCUUCGCUCUUCUGACUCACGUUCACAACACAUUGAGUCCGCCAUUUCACACCCCGAUCAUGCUUAUUUCCGAACCGGCAUGGUCCGCCCGCGAUCGGGAGACCAUCACACAGUUUGUCUUUGAGAAGUUCAAGACGCCUGCCUUCUGCCUUAUGGACUCCGCUCUCGCUGUAUGCUACGGAUACGGUACCUCGACGGCUACGGUGGUCGACGUCGGCAAAGGAAAGGUUAACGUCACGGCUGUCACUGAUUUCCUUGUCAACGAACAUGGAAGAGGUAUCGCGCUGGAAGGCUGCGGUGGUGACUACAUGACAGAUAGAAUUGUGGAGCUUUUGGGCCCGAAGGGGUUCACAAGGGAGAUGUGCGAACAGUUGAAACGCAGCAAUAUCACUGAGCUUUUGCCCCCGGGCACACCCCUUCCUGGUGCCGCUGCAACCGCGAGACAAGGCGCUAAUCCAGCCGCUUCGGCAUCCACUGGGACCAAGGACGGCAAUGCGCCAAAUGAGAACAUCCCCCGCGGUCCGGGUGAAGGCACCCAGACCGGUGGUGAAGGCAACGGCGAAGCAGACGAAGAUGAGGGAGUUUUGGAUGUCGCAGCCAUUGUCAGUGGCAACACGAGUGAGUUCCUCGCCAAUCGGGAGAAAGAGAAGGCCGAAAAGGCCUCGACCAAGAAGGGCGCGACAGAUCAAUCCGGCAAGCCUCUACGUCUCCCCAACUCCAAGAAAGAGAAGGCUUCGUUCCAAUUUGAGGAGUACGUGAGGAUAGAACCUGAGAAGGAUACGCCAAAUGGACCCGGGCGUUAUAUGCGUCAGUCUCGCGAGAUCGAGGUCGGUGUUGAACGCUUCCUCGCCGCAACUCCCAAGCAGAAUUCUGGAGACCGUCUCACCAGCGGUCUGCUUGAGGAUAUUGCGACUCAGAUCCACCACACCAUCCUUGCGGUGCCUGAUGCGACUAAGCGCAGUGAACUCUGGGAUUCGCUUAUCGUAGUCGGCAAUGGCAGCAAAGUCAAGGGCUUCACACAAUCCCUGCUCGGCACCAUCACACAGAAGUACAUUCUCUCCCCAUCCGCCACCAUGUUCACCUCCGAAAUUCCCUCCAACUUCUCUACUCCCCUUCCCACCGGAGGAACCAACACUCCGGUACCUUCCGGCCAGGCUGGUCCGAUGAAUCACCCUGCGGGUCACGGUGUGAAUCCACUGCUUGUCGCAGCCACUCAUGCCAACAACCCCAUGCCCGGCACUCCCUCCAUGGACCCUGCCAUGUCGCAUCACCGCUCCACGGGACAUUCUCAAACCCCCACAUCGGUCAAGACACUCAGACCCCCGGAAUAUUUCCCCGAAUGGAAGGAGCAAAGCAACACCAAUGCCCCUGGCGCUGCUACCACGGGUGGGCCUGGUGCCCCAAGCGGUGGCCACGGCAUGGAGGAGGCCGUGUUCCUCGGCGCACAGGUUGCAUCAAAGGUUGUCUUCGUAAUCGACCAAGGCGUCAGCAAGGGAUUCAUGAGCCGGGUGGAGUACAACGAGAAUGGCCCUUCUGCGAUCCAUGAAUACACCAUGUGAUCACCUUUAAUGAUUGGCUUACGUGCCUGGGGAUUGAUGUGCGUGUUUGUUGACAUAUGAAAGCGGAAUCCUUAAUUACGGACCUGGUUCUGGUUCCUUUUGAUGCUUCCAAUUUACGGUUAAUUAUUUUUGUCUAACUUCUUUUCCUCGUGGAUAUUGUAUUCUACGUGAUGGCGUCUUUCACUAGAAAAGCAAGUCUGACUCGGAUGCUAGGAUAGGUGGAGUCUGGUCGGAUUAGUACUUUGAAUAGUAUCUCGUUCAAUGAACUGAUGUAGUUGCUUUGGGU